UUGUCUCAAAAAAAGAAUACGAAUCGAGAGAGUAUUAUUGUCAUCACCAACCUUAAAUCGUUCAAAAAUAUCUUUUUUCAUCAUGAAGAAAUACAGUAUCUUCCUUUUCCAUUCUAAACUCUUCAAUCCUCUCUGUUUUCUUCUUCAAAGCUCAAUCCUGAUUCUUCAUCGAUCAAAAAAAUGAUCGUGCAAUCGAUGUUUGUAAAUUUCAUGCAUUGAAAUGAAAAGAGACGAGGAUUCAAGAGGAGUCAAUUUUUUGGAAGACGUCAGCGGUCCAUUCUACGUCCACGACGGCGAUUCACCUGGCUUAAUACUCGUUUCCGAUCUUCUGAUCGGUGCAAAUUACGACGAUUGGAGGCGCUGUAUGCUCACGGCUCUCACCGCGAAGAACAAGCUAGGUUUUAUCGACGGAUCCACCCCGAAACCAGAUACGCUCGAUCUUAGUUACAACUAUUGGAUACGGUGCAACAGCAUUACGAUUUCCUGGCUCCGGAAUUCGGUCGAUCCAGAGAUACGAUCGAGUUUGCUCCACCUCGAAUCCGCCGCUCAGAUAUGGAAGGAUCUCCAUAAACGCUUCUCACACAGUAACGCGGCAGCUUGCAUUUACCGAUUAAAGCGACAGCUCGCGAAUUUAAAGCAAGGAUCCAUGGAUGUACAUUCGUACCACGACAAAUUCCGAGCAUGUUGGGAUGAAUUGCUGGAAUUUCAGCCGAUUGCGUCCGUUUUUCAGCAGCAAGAGUGUGUUAUCCAGUUUCUGAUGGGGCUCAACGACUCCUAUUCCGAGCUACGUUCGCGACUCAUCUACGAGGAAUCGGAACCCCUACCACAUCUAAGCAAGGUUUUCUCCUUGGUGCUUCAAGAGGAAAAACGACGCCGUAUGCAAAGCUUUUCUAUCAUGGAAAAGGGGCAAACCAGAGUGAAAAUGAUGGAAAAGAAGUCUUACUUAUUUGUGGUGAGGAAUUACUCUGCAUAUGAAGGAAUUGCGAUGGGUAACUGGAUUCAGAGUAGAGCUUUUGUUGUAGGAGGCCACAGAUUUAGACUACAUUUCUAUCCUGAAGGGAAGGACAUAUCUUCGCACUACCGUAGCCUAGUGUCGUUACUCAUUAAGAAUGAGAGUGCAACGAGCGUGCAACUCGUUGCUUCUCUCGAGGUUUUGGACCGAGGAAAUGUUGCUGUUCAUGCUGGAUAUUCUUGCUUUGAUGAUAGAAAAGUUUACAAGCAUGUUGUCACUAUAGGGGCUGGGAAACGAUAUGGGGAGAUCGACUUCCAUAUCGAAUCUAGUGAGUAUGUCAGAGAUGAUUCUAUCACAAUCAGAGCAACCUUAGGUGUUUUUGUCGAUCAGCCGUCCAAGGCUGGCCCUCCACUGGCGCGCUGCCUAGUUUUCCAAGUGGGAAAUCGAAUGUACUAUGCUGAUGAGGCUGUUAUAGCAGCACGGUGCCCUUACCUUCUUUCGUUAUCCCAAUCCCAAUCCGAAUACAUUGUCGUUUCAAAUGUGAAGACUAAUGUGUUUGAGGCUGUCCUCUGGUUUAUAUAUAAUCAAGUGAUUCACACACGAGAUAUAGAGGCUAUUGUUUGUUCAAAUUUCUUUGCUCUCAAGAUUAUAUAUAAUCAAUUGAUUCACAAACGAGAUGUAGAGGCUAUUGCUAGUUCGAAUUCGUUCGCUCUCAAGAUUCUUGCAGCAGCUGAUCGGUUCGAAUUGAAUGGCCUUAGACGACAGUGUGAAUCGUACAUUGCCUAUGGCGAGGUGGUGGGAUUGUACUACUUAUAUGAAUCUUUUUUCAAAGAAUUAUGGAGCUUUGGAUGCGGGCUGUGGUCAGAGAUGAAGGAGUUAUCUCACAAGAGAUAAUGAGGCUUAGUUGUUUGAGGUUAGUUGUGUAAACAAGUUUUAAGUUUGUCUAUGUUCGUAACACUGUAAAUUUAACUCCUUUUAGCUGGCCAUAUUUUGUUAGUGCUAAUCUCUUAUCCUAAUUCUUUGAUUGAUUAAGUAAGUCGUUGAAUUUCAUGACCUUGUUAUUCGUCUCAACAGUUGUUCUGUGCAUACAAAAAAUUUUUUGCUAAUUUUUGUGACCAAAUUGGAUGUAGUAACACAAAUGUAACAAU